UGCCCUGUCUGCUGCACAUCCACUGCUCAUUCUGUGUAUAUACUUCACAUUCCCAUAGGAAGUGAGUGGAGCCGUUGUCAGCCAAUCAGAUUCGCGUAUAACGCUCCGACAACAAACAAAAGAUCGAGGCUAGCCGAGCUCCUCAGACUUAGUCGAUCCGUCUAGCCUAACGUUAGUUCCUACUUUGCUCCCAGCAACGACUCGCUCCUCUGUCUUCUACCCACUUUCUUCAGAUCCUGUGCGGCAGACCAUCUUCUUCUAGUGGCGUUGUGUGAGCUAAUGUCAACCUGAGCCAUUCCAGCGAUCGCUUUGCCUGUGCUGGCCAAGCCGAACGCGUUAGCUAGGUUAGCUACUCGGCUAACCAGCUCUGGCUGCCUCUACGAACAGCGAAGCCAGUUAGCUCAGCCUGCUAGCUAGCUAGCUUUGCUAAACCCCCCACCACCACCACCUCCUCCUCCUUAACAAACUUGACACUGACUGACACAAGUGGCUCUGGCUUGUUGCUGACAAGCCAUUUCACUAAUACUCGUGUCGUAGCCAUGUCUGGACAGUCGUCCGGCUGUGGGUUUCUCAUGUCGGUUGUUGUCCACGGAGACGCAGCUCUGAACGAGCAGGAAAAGGAGCUCAACCAGCGACUCCGACGGCUCUAUCCAGCCGUUAAUGAAAACGAGACUCCGCUUCCUCGGUCCUGGAGCCCGAAGGACAAGUUUAGCUACAUCGGGCUCUCUCAGAACAAUCUCCGCGUACACUAUAAAGGUCAUGGCAAAACCCCUAAAGAUGCAGCAUCUGUACGGGCCACCCACCCCAUCCCAGCUGCCUGCGGGGUCUACUACUUUGAGGUGAAGAUCAUCAGUAAAGGCCGAGAUGGGUACAUGGGCAUUGGCCUUUCAGCUCAGGGUGUAAACAUGAACAGACUCCCUGGUUGGGAUAAGCACUCAUAUGGUUACCACGGAGACGACGGCCACUCCUUUUGCUCGUCCGGCACUGGGCAACCCUACGGACCCACGUUUACAACAGGCGACGUGAUUGGCUGCUGCGUUAACCUCAUCAACAACACCUGCUUCUACACAAAGAAUGGCCACAGCCUAGGUAUUGCCUUCACAGACCUACCACCCAACUUGUACCCGACCGUGGGCCUUCAGACUCCAGGGGAGGUAGUGGACGCAAACUUCGGCCAGCACCCCUUUGUGUUUGACAUUGAGGACUACAUGCGAGAGUGGAGGACAAAGAUCCAGGCCCAGAUCGACCGCUUCCCCAUCGGAGAACGCGAGGGCGAGUGGCAGUCUAUGAUCCAGAAAAUGGUGGCUUCCUACCUGGUGCACCACAGCUAUUGUGCCACGGCUGAAGCCUUUGCCAAAUCCACCGACCAGGCCGUACACGAGGAGCUGGCCUCCAUCAAAAACCGACAGAAGAUCCAGAAGCUGGUGUUGUCAGGUAGAAUGGGCGAGGCCAUCGAGACCACCCAGCAACUCUACCCCAACCUCCUGGAGAGGAACCCAGACCUUCUCUUCAUGCUCAAGGUGAGACAGUUCAUAGAGAUGGUGAAUGGGACAGACAGUGAGGUGAGGUGUCUGGGAGGUCGCAGCCCAAAGUCUCAGGACAUUUACCCCGGCUCCCCCCGGCCCUUCAGCAGCCCCAGCCACAAAGCCAGCAGCUCCCAGCCCUACCUCACAGGGUUUGACAGCAACUGCUGUAAUGGUGUGACGUCUAAUAAGAGCCACAGCUCCUCUCCUCACAGUCACAAGCCCUGCCCCCCAGGCUCUGGCUCCACCCUCCCAGCGUCUGACAUCAGCAUCAACGGGAGCCGCAGUCAACAGCCCAUAACCAGUAACGAUGUGGAUAUGGAGGUCGACCACUUCACCAACGGAGUGACAGAAUCGUCUUCGAAUGGUUUCCUCAACGGCAGCUCUAAACACACCGCUGAGCCCGACGACUGUGACGCAGACAUGGCAGAGGUGGAGUCUGCUCAGUCCAAGAGGCAGCUGUGUGGCGGGAGCCAGGCGGCCAUCGAGAGAAUGAUCCAUUUCGGCAGGGAGCUCCAGAGCAUGAGCGAACACCUCCGCCGCGAGUGUGGCAAGAACUCUGCUAACAAGAAGAUGCUCAAGGAUGCAUUCAGCCUGCUGGCCUACUCAGACCCCUGGAACAGCCCAGUUGGCUACCAGCUGGACGCCAUUCAGAGAGAGCCGGUCUGCUCCACUCUCAACAGUGCAAUAUUAGAGACUCACAACCUGCCUAAGCAGCCCCCCCUGGCCCAGGCCGUAGGUCAGGCCGCCCAGUGCCUUGCCAUCAUGGCACGGACUGGCAGUGGCUCCUGCGCCUUCGCCUCUGUGGACGAUUACUUGCACUAGCCCAGUGCACACACACUCACACACACACUGACUCUGAGGACCUGUCCAGACAAUUCUCCCUCCACCUCCUCCAUCAGUGUAGUCAUAUUAGCUGAGGAGACGCUCCUCUGCACGAUAACAAGUAGUAGAACGUGAACCAUCUCACUCGCUUCUUGUUCUGCUUUUACCAGCACAAACACCACGAGGACCAGGAGAUGUUUCUGGGCAGAUCUUUAGAGUGCCAACACACACCACUUACAUUUAAAACACAGGCAAACACACACACACACACACACACACACACACACACACACACACACACACCACCACCACCUCCCUUUCCAUCAUAAAUAUGAAAUCACGCCUCCACCUUGGUUGGCCUCCCUGACCCCCCCCCCCCCCCCCCCCCCCCCCCCCAGCCCUCCAAGGCUGCAUCAACAUCAUUCUGACUGACAGUGGGGACGGCAGCCAAGAGUAGCCAACUUGAAAAUACUCGGGAGAGCCAAACUCAAGUGGACUCGGCACAGAUACCCCGCCCCCGUAUACCUGGGGGCAUUAAAACCAGGGCAGACAGAACUGGCAAAUAUCCCUGGUCAAACAUAAAUGGAAAAAUAAGGAAGAAACAACAACAACAACAACAACAACAACAACAAAAAAGAAGAGACGAGUGACCGCCAUGGCCGACCACCCUUUAACGUGGUCCCUGUAAACCUGGCCUACCAGGUAAACGCGCACACACAUGUAACACACGCAAACAAGCGAACACAGAGGCGCGCUGAUACUGAAAACAGGAUUCAAAAAGUCCACCUCCAGAGAGGCUUGCUGAGCGCUCCACCUGCAGCCAACGCAAGGCUCUGUUACAGACGGCCUACCACCCCUUCACCCCCCUGCACCAACCCCCCACCCCUCCACCUCCGCCUCCCCCUCCCUCCACCCUCCACUGACUUCAGGACAUCGGCGGACAUUUAUGUGACGCAUGUGGACUCGAGACUUUGAAGAAGCCAGAGAGAAUCUACAGUCUCGUCUCAAUGUUCCCUGUUUUUAAUCUUUCGUUUUUGUUUCUUGUUUUUCAUGGGUGAAGUGUGGGUAGGGGUGGGGGGUGGGGGGGGCUGAGGAGGCGUGGUUACCUGGCUCUUGUUUUGUUUUUAGUUUCUCCAGGUUUACAAGGCAUGGUGCAGACGAUGAUUAUUAUUAUUAUUAUUGUUAUUAUUCUAAUUAUCAUUAUAUUAAUUAUUGUUACUUGCAUUCACAGUAUAUUUGUUGAGCGCCAGCAAGAGCAAGUUCCACCAACUUAUUAUAAUAAAGGUCCCGAUUCCACCGAUUCCCAGUGACGAGCGUGUGUACAUGUUAACGUUUAUAUAUGACUUUAACAAAAUUUAAUUAUAUCAAUAGAGCGAGAUAUUUAGUUAUCAAAUGACAGGAAAUUUUUGAAAAAAAAAAACAAAAAAAAACAAUCCUUUAAUGCUUUGUACUGACAUCAGUGACCCCUGAAACGUGCUGGUUGUUCCUAGUCCACAGUUUUUCUGUUUCCCCUUUUGUUGACUCAGGGUUCCUGUGCAGGUGGGAAUCUGAUAUAUUUGACCACUUCCAACAGAACGACUCUUAGGUCCUAAGACGCUUUAAUUUCCCACGUUGUUUCCCUACGUGCUGUGAAGUAAUCGCUCUUUUUACUGCAGCCUUGCUAAAUUUAUCAAAAUGACUCUUCAAAUACUUCUGGACAAAGUCUGGAAUUUCUGAAAUUGAAACCUUGUAUUGGAACCUUGUGAUGAUCUCUGACCCCACUUUACUUGUUAACCCCCCACCCACACACAUAACCCCCGAUGCAAAUAUUGUUAAUCUUUAUUUUCGUAUCAUUGUCUCUGCUAAUCCUUAACCCACAACAGAGUUUUUUUUGUUGUUUUUUUUUUUUUUAGCUGUGCAGUCGUAGGUUUUUCAGACCACAACAACUGAGCUGCUGUGAAGGCGGCCUCUAAACAAGCUCUGUGUUUGAUUUUAAAGUUGAACUGAAAUUUAAAUUCUUCUCAGUUGAAAGCUGAUACAUUUUCUUGGUUUUUCAAAAGGGAUUAAAAGUUGUUGUUUUUUUUGGGGGGGGGGGGGGGGGGGGGGGUUUGACAUUUAUGUUUAAGCUUCAAGCCACUUAGUGGAUGGACAGAAAACUAAAAGCAGAAAUAAUAACAUUGCAGUCUUAUAAUCUCCAAACCUUGAUACAAGACGUUUUCUUCCUUUGUCAACAAGUCAGAAUAGUGUUGGUUAUCAGUGGUUAGCAAUUCAAACUGUUUGUCCCUUUGUAACAUUCAGUGUUUGGGAGGAUUCAUUGUGCUGUGAAGUUUGUAUUCCCCUCAGAAAGUGGAAGCUAGCAAGCCUAGUCAGCCUGGUUUGAUCCCCACUAGAUGUUACUUCUCCCACAUGUUGUUGUAACAGCUGCUGAAUCAUCAGCAGCCCCUGCACACUUAGUGCUGCAGAUACAAGACCAAUUAUUGCUGUGAAUUUUCUACCCACAGCUCUAAGUAUGUUAUUGCAUAACUUGAAUGAUGACACAGAGUUAAAGUUUUGUAGGGGAUGGGACUAAGCUAGUGGUUCCCAUGGCAACCCUUAAUAGUGAUUUCUUUUUUUCAUGGGAAGCUGUAAACCAGUUGUCAUUCAAAUCAGAUCGGACAGUUAAUUUGAUCGGCUCAGGUUCAGUCAGGUGUAUCGGCUUUCCAUCACUGCUCCGCCACUUGCUGUUUCUGUUUUCUGUGCACCAAACUCAGGUCCUCGAAAACGUGUCUGGCAACCAUGAGCUUUUUUUUUUUUUUUUUUUUUAUCAGCGGUCUUAGCUGCUGCAUAUAUGGAAAUAAAUCCUGCAGCACUCUUGUUUGUCUUCACGGUACAUCAGGGUGUCGCAGCAGCCACCUCGGCCUCCCCAGCUGGUUAACUGAAGCAAUACUGGGAACUACACUUAGUGCCCGCCUACACUGAUGUUGGAUAAGUCAAAUUACUGAUGCUAACAUCAACAGUGGCUUCCAAAAAUUCACUAGGUGGCACUAUCAUUGCAAAAGAAUAAAAAAAAAAUAAUAAUAAUUAAAACCCUAAUUAUUUCUUUUUAGUUAUAACAGUUUUGACCAAAUAAAUACUCAAGUCAAAUCAAACACCAAGGAGAUGUCUACUCAUGUCUUUGAAAAAUAAGAAUUUUAAUUUCAGUUCAAUUUUAAUGUUGGAUAGUUGCUUGUUUUGUUUUCAGUUGAUCUGAUUCUUAACAUCAACCCCACAGUGGCUCAGUCCCAGUUUUCCCUGAUAGUGUUUUGCUAUCAAGCUAUAAUUUUCUCAAUUUUUCUAAAUGCUUAAAAUAGCAAAUAUUUAAAAUAGCAGACCUAGAUGCUAUUUCUACUGAAAUAGAGAUUUCUACUGAAAUAGCAUCUAGGUAUGAAAAGCCCCCAUGUCCACCUGUCUCCAGCUAUCCAUGUCCACCCAUCAUCUUUCCUCUAUCCACCAGGUUUUAUUUAUUUUUGUUUUUAUUUUCCUGUUUACCAGAUCCUUUUCCGGCCUCUUCGUGCUCAAAGCAUCGAUGGGGCGAAUACAAAAAGGAAAAACCAUGAAAAAAAAAAAAAGUAUUUGUCAACUGCACUGUGGCUGCCACACUUACAAAAAUAAAGAACCAAAUACUUUAGGAAGAUUCCUUCGCAGCUGUGUUUGAAGCCUGUGUGUUUGUGCUCGCCACUUGCAGAGAAACAGGAACGCCGAAACCUUUGCUAGACACGACCUCCAUCUUUUUCCUUUCGUUUUUCCCAGGGGUCCAGAGUUGACAUUUCUCCUCACGGUGGAUCAGAGCUUUUCUGUUCCUUGGUUGGUUUCUUGCUUUUUUUCUUUUUUUUUUUUGUUUGUUUUGUUGUUUUGUUUUUUUUUUUCCAGGAUUGCAAGCAGUCACGGCAUCGUUUAGAAAAUUUCUUAGACAAAGUGUGUCUGUUGUCUCUUUCUGAGUAAGGUCUGAAACCUAUGCAUGCCAUAGUAAAGUGGUGGUAAGAUCGAGUUAGAUGUCUCUUAUUUUAUUCUUUUUGUUUCUCCUUCUUUUAGCCAGUUCACGGUGUAUAAGGAAGAUGUCAACCAGUAAGUUGUCCACUGCUGACUGUGUGUCCAUUUGGAGAAAAAAAAAUGUGCAAUUUGUGUGAGGGUGAAAAGAUUUAUAUUAAAAAUGACAAAUGAUGA